AUGAGUCAAGUUAAAAAUCUACAGAAGGAAAACCUAAAACUAAAGGGAGAGAUUUCCGCUGUAAAUAGUGAACUCCAGAAGCUGAAAUCGAUCAUCGAGCAACAACGACUUCAAGCGGACAUCGAGCAGGUUGGAGACGCUGCAACAAGAUAUGGAAACAGUGUCCAAAAGAGUGUUGAUUUCUUAUGUGAGGACCAUCAUAUAACGAAAAACUUUCGAGAGGAAAUGUCGAAAGAACUUGACAAUCUAAGCCGUAAGCUUGAAGCGAUUUCUACGAGAGUUGACAGUUUGGACGCCGCCAUUGAUGACUUACUGAAGUACAGCUUUCAGUAUAACGUCAAAAUUAUUGGCUUUCCUGAACAGGAUGAACACGAGUCUUCUGAAACCACCACGCAGUUGUGUUGA